GCUGUAUACAUUUGAGAUACACCACCUGUCUUUUUACCAUUUAGCUUAGACUGCCUAAUGUCCUACAUAAUUUAGUUUACCUGUUUGGCUGGUUUUUUAUUAACCUCAUCACCAUUGGUAACGUUGUAUAUGUUCUAUAUGUUACAAUUUUGACAGAGGAUGACAAUGUUUCGAUGUAAAAUACUUCUUUCGUGUUUCCUUCAACUGUCGUUAAUGACCGGAGUUUUAACUGCCCUACAGGAGAUUUCUUUUUCUACUAAUGUUGGGACUAUAAUUGGAAAUACGGAGAUCGUAGAAUUUGACGGAGAAAGCAGGUACGUUCAACGUUUCUUGGGAAUUCCAUACGCCAAGCCCCCAGUAGGAGAACGACGUUUCGAGCGACCGGAGCCGUUUGGGAAAUUUUCUGAUACGUACAACGCUACAUUUCACAGACCACACUGCCUGCAAACUAUACCUCUGUUUUAUGAACACCUGGAAGAUUUUGCUAAAAACGAGGAUUGUCUUUAUCUGAAUUUAUAUAUACCAGGGAAUACCACUUCGAGAGAAAAUAAAUUUGCAGUGAUGAUUUACAUACAUGGAGGUAGUUUUGCCAUCGGAGGUGCUGACAUCUACUCAGGGGAUAUACUCAGCACAUACAAUGACGUCAUCGUUGUGACAAUAAAUCACCGAUUGAAUGUGUUUGGAUUUCUAAGUAAUGGGACAAAAUCUUCGGGAAACUUCGGCCUAUGGGAUACGCGGAUGGCUAUUCAAUGGGUACAUGAUCAUAUCAGAACAUUUGGUGGGGAUCCCGAGCGUGUGACACUCUUUGGGAAUUCCGCAGGCGGGUCUGCAGUAAUGUAUCAAGCCAUGUAUCCAAAGAACAAGGGAUUGUUUCAAAGGAUUAUUGCGCAAAGUGGAAGUGGUUUGGCAUUCUGGGCGUUUCAAAGAAAUCCCUCCCACUUAUAUUUUCAAUAUAUCAAAGACGUAGGUUGCGAUUUAAGCGAAUUCAAACUGAUACUAAAUUGUCUGCGCAAUAAACCUGCGGAAGAAUUACAGGUAAAAUCUUUUAAUUUCCUUCCAUCCGUUGAUAGUGAUUUUUUUCUACAAGAACCUGCAAACCUACUUUCAGGUGAUUCUCUAGCAGGCAAGUCUGUCUCAGAAUUCUUUGCGGAAAUAGAUCUUAUAAAUGGAGUAACGAGCAGUGAUGGGGCGGUGAAUUUGCCAACCUGGCAGGCACAGUUGGAAAGAAAACACAUAGAUAUCAGUAUGGGUGUUCCUAGAAGUUAUUUUGAGAAAGUUCAGGUACCUGCGAGACUGACGAGAGUAUUUGGGGAUACACCAGCUGUAUUGACCGAAUCGGUUAUACAUCAAUAUACAGACUGGGCUCGUCCUGAUGACGCUGUAGCUACGAGGGAAAACAUGAUUGAUUUGGACUCUGAUACUGGCUUUUUUGUUCCUGCGAUAGAAGCUUCACAGAAGCACAGCGCCAUUUUGAAAAAGUACCGGAAGUCAACUUCAUACUUUUAUGUAUUUGAUCAUAAACCGAGUUUUGUUCCGAUACCAAAAUGGCUGAAAGGGGCGACACAUACAAUGGAAGUUCCCUAUGUUUUCGGACUCCACGAGUCACUUGAAAGAAAGUUAAUUGACGAUCAGAAUGGUAUUGAUCCUUUUAAAGUUACCCAAGAUGACAUUAAAUUGUCGAAGAGUUUAAUGGCAAUGUGGAGUAAUUUUGCAAAAAGCGGAAAUCCGAAUUCACCUGUUUCUACUUCAACUAUUGACUGGCCUCAAUUUGACAGCCAAGAUCAGAAAUAUCUUACCCUGUCAGUAAACAUGACGUCACAAUCCGUGAAGCACCACCUAGCGGCGACACGUGUAGCGUUCUGGAAAGAUUUAGUUCCUGUUCUCAGAAAAUGUCAAGUUGCACAUCUUACUUCAGAUGCGCCAAUGUUAUCUGUCUGUUUAUUAAGUAUUGCGUUGAUAUUGUUUGUAUGCACAAUACUUCUGUAACACUUAAAAUAACGUAUACACUACCUUCGAGUGAUUCAAGAAAAAAGUUUAUAUCAGUAGAUCUACAAGCUAAAAGUGUGGUAGAUCUAAUAAAUCUAUACGAUACAGGAUAAACAAUGAUAUUGUUUUAUAUAUGUACUUUUGUAAUGUAGCCAGCGUCUUCCUUUGUUUUGUAUGUUUUAACAUUUAUAACGUUUCCAUCAUGUAGUGUGCAUUUGUUCGUGUGCAUUUUUGGCGUUUCUGCCAGCCUGAAUUUCGUCACUUGCCUUCACGUUUAACUUCUAAUUGCAGUCUAACAAGUACUUCAUAAAUGGUCACGUUCAUGAUUGAAUGUUUUAAUUAAUGUGUAUGUACUUAUGUCAUGUAUGAGGAGUGCGUUCUGUGUCUAUAUUGGUAAUCCGUACGUUUUGUCUUCUCGUAGUUCCUGAUUACUGUUACUAAACCUUUACCAUGCUAAAUUUCUAAAAUGGACUAGUCCAUCUUUCAAUUUGGGCAAUACCAUUUAUUAUUAGAAGGGGUGUUUACUUAAACUCUUCUGGAUGAAUAGCGAACAGUGCAGAUUAUGAUCAGCCUGUACAUCCGGGCAAGCUGAUCUUGGUCUGCACUGGUCGCAAAGGCAGAAUAAUUUGCCACUAGCAGGCUAAAGGUUAAAUGUUUAGUUUUUUUUGUAUUUUUUGUACUUUUAGUUUAGACAUAGAUUCCAGUUCCCCUCCAAUGUAGUCUUUUUUAUUUAUUGUGUUCUUGUAAGAAAUUCAUUAUUAUAUAAUCUAAAUACAUUUAUUAAAUCGU